AUGCCGGACCACUCCCUCCAGCUUCGCUAUAUCCUGCUCUUCCUCUCCUUCCUCUCCUUCUCCCUCGCAGCCUCACCAACCUCCUUCUGCAAAUGCACCUGCUUCAGCAACAGCACCAUAAUUCCCCUCGACGCAACCGAUGAAUCCCUCAAAUCAAACACCUUCUUCACCUCGAACGCAAACACUACAACAUCCGACAAAUCCGCCGACAACAACGAGGAUGACGACGGCGAGAAGAAGAAAGCGGCGAGGAGCUGUAACGAUUGCAAUAAACAGUUCUGCUUGAGUUAUAACUUGCCGAUAUGCAAAGAUGCGGAGGAAGGGGAUGUGUUUACGACGUGUUUUCAGCGGGAUAGUACGAAGGAUGAGGUUGUUGUGCUACUGUUCAUCUUCGCGACUGUUGGAUUGCUGGCUUGGGCGGCUGUGAAGCCUUGGUAUGAAAAGUGGAGGGAAGGCGUGCAGUUAAGGGGGACGUACGCGCCUGUGGGUAGUGGAGGUGGAGGACAGUGA